CCCAAACGUGCCAAUGAGCUGCAAAAGCGUCCAUCUGUGCGGCUGAGGAGCGCACAAACUCCCGCUUCCCUCGACUUGGAGGCUAGCCUUCUGACCGGAAUGGUUUGGAAGUGUCCCCCGGAAGAUGCAUCUUGAAGCUUGAGUCGCUGCUGUCGGGUUCUGGCCCCCAUCUUGGUCGCGUACAGACUUUCUUUUUCGACGUUCAUGCGUCGUCACCCGCGUUUCUUGCCUCAGGGUUGCCAUCAAUCUAUUAUAUACCCGUACAGCCUGCUCCCUACUUCAUCAUAGCGCUUCGUUUUUGGCCCAUGUUUCGUUCCCGCACCGCUCAGUCUUUAGUUCGUUUGCCGCUCACAAGCUCCUGAUCCUUUCCAGACAUGCAUUGGCUUAAGCCGAACGAUGAUGGGAGCAUGAACCUGGAAAGCCUGCAACUCGACAUUGUUGGUUUCCUAGCCAUCCUGGGAGAAGGUUCAGUACUCGCCAACGCACAGGUCUCGACACUUUCGAGAUGGAUCUUUCUGCCGCGGUUAAUUCCAGCUCCACAGGCGCUCAUGAGGCCUACCAGGCCCAUUCGACUUGAGCCUGUUCCUGGACAUGUGUCGGGCAUCUUCUCAGGCAACUAUAGGGACAGCAUCAAUCAUAUUGGGAAUAUUGUUUCUGACGCUAGUAACCUCGCCCCUUUCUCUGUUCGUGUUGUUGAAGUGAAACGAACCGGUGAACAACCCCUCAAAUCCAAGUCUGUUGCACCACUUACCAUCGUCCUCUUGCUUGGCUUCGCCUUGUCUGUCCUCCUUCUCGCCAUCUCGAUAUGGAAAAAGGAUGGCAUGUCAAUUAUAGCAACCGUACUGCUCUCGCUUUUAUCUAGCCUCAUCGGAUACGGCAAUAAGUGGACAUUACAGCUCCCUAGGCGCAAAGACAAGUCGGUCAAGGUUCCACGCGGCGACGUGGUAAUACGAUACCCCAAGGGCAGCUUCCUCAUAGUCCGGUGUGAUGAGGACGUUGCUCGUGAGCUCUACUUUGCGCCUGAAAGCAUCGAAUACCUCUUGACGCAUGGUCCAGCCUAUAGGAUCUUGAGUUUGAUAGGUACUGUGAUGCUCAUGGGCGGCGUAAUCUGUCUCGCCAACGCUCAGAUCCAGGUCCAAAUCGCAUGGGCAGGCUCGUAUAUGCUCCUCGGCUCUGGAUACUGGAUUGUCGCUGCUUUGCCUGGGAAAUUACACUGGGACACAUCCUGCUACACCGUCACCAACGAAUGUCUUUCCGACUCCGACAUGGACAAGAAAGGCUAUCCCUCCGAGAACCACACGUUCACACAAGCGUUGUGGAAAGCGAUUGUCGUCAGCAAGACUACAGGUUGGGUGCGCAGGAGCGAUGCUUGUCCGGAUACAAGGGCUUGGGAAGACUGGCUCAAUGCUGCAAGGGCGUGCAGUAAAGACGUUAGACUGAGCGAUAAGGAGAAUUCGACGGGCGUGAAAACAUGGGAGGUGCCGGACUGGGAUCCGCAGGCUUACCUUGCCGAGUUGUUGGACGAGCAGGCAAAGAUUGAUGACAAGAUCUUAAGACAUGGUGUUGACGAGGUGUAGGCGCGCGUCCUGCUUCGGCACUAUUACGAUAUUUGGGUAUUUUCUUUUUCAGAUAUAGCAUGGCACUGCGAUGGCAUAGGUUUAGGAUCUUACGACCGAUACGACGAUUUACGACUCACGACAAUUAUUGCAAGCGACGCAUCGCACAUUACAUCGACAAACAUUGUAUCAAUCACAUUACAAAUACGGGAAUUUGAGUCUGGGAGGCAUGUUGAUCUAGUGGGUCUUUCAGCGCUGUUAAAACUCCAUUAUGGUGUAUUGUAUAUAGGAGUCUUUAUAUAGCAUCAUCAUUAUCUCAUCUUCUACAGUAUAUAUCCGCGACGGUGAUUACUUACCGUGAAGUUCACUCACGACACGCUGCCAGCGUUGUACCACCUUCCGUAUAUGACUCGGUCCGUUCCUCCGUC